UCUUGUGAAUUCGUGAUCCCGUCGCACAGCUGAUGAUGUCAAAAUCUGGGGCCCCCUAACCCGGAAGUUGGGGCUGUGUUUACAUUCCCCGCAGCUCGACUUCAAAAAAUGAGUCUACCGACCAUCAACUCCACCACCAGACGUAAGCGCGAGGCUGAGCGCUCGGUCAAUUGGACGGUGGAGGAGACGCAGGUGCUGCUUUGCGCCUGGAGCGACCAGCGCGUUCAGAAGAGUUUGUCGGAAAACCUGCGCAACCGCCAUGUCUUCAAGCACCUGUCGGCACGCAUGAGCGAAAUGGGCUUCUGCCGGAGUCCACACCAGUGCCGGCUUCGCGUCAAAACCCUAAAGGCCAACUACGCCCGGGCCAAACUCCAGAGGAAGUCGGACGCAUCCCAGAUGUGCACCUUCAAGUACUUUGACGAAAUGGACGCAGUGUUGGGGAGGCCAGCGGACGGCUCGGGAGUCGGUCCUCGCUUCCCUGCACCCAUCGCAGAAUUCGGCGAUCAAUUUUUCAGCUCCCCGGGAAGAGACCAGUUGAGCUCCUCAGAAGAGAAGGGAGGCCGUCACCCGUGGCAGUUGGGCUUCCACGUCAAGAUGGAGAAUGGUGAAGAUUCUGAAUUCAGCGAUGCCGGAUUCCCGGAACUGCCGCGAGAGAGACACAAGGACGUUUAUUUGGCAUCGACCGUCCAUCCUGAGCCUCCUGCAGCACCAUCCCUGGAAGUUGCCAGCUCUCCUCCUCCACCGGUGAUUGUGGCUGCUCCGACCGCACCCGAUGAAGCAGCGCCCGCCUCUGCUCGGCUCCCCGACGACUCCUGCCUCCGCAUGGAGCCGGCCCUCCAGCACCUGUCACAGUGUUACCAGCAGCUGCUGUCAGAGACGCGGGCCCUCCUGACGCAGCUGGAGCGCCAACGGCAAGAGCAGGCUACCUGGCACCAGGACCUCCUGGGCCAGUGGAUCCAGAGGCAGCAGGAGGCGGCCGACAGGGAGGAGAGGCGGGAGAAGGCCCACAUGGACCACCAGAUCCAGGUGCUGGAGCUCCUCACAUGUCUGGUCAGGGAGCAGCAGUGCAAAUGCGGAAGCGGGGUGACCACCACCACCAGCGGGCGGGCAGCGGAGGUGUCAAGUGAACUCCAUCACUUAUUCACCAAAGGGGAAAAUUAAGAUAUGAUUUGUAAUUUAUCACUUGUAAAACCUCAAAUUUUGCCUUUGAACACUUUUAUGGACAUAAAAAAACCAAGUUAAA